AUGGCUGAAGUCACCAUCGACCAGUCCAAGCUGCCGGGAGUCAAAGAAGUGUGCCGAGAUUUUGCUGUCCUGGAGGACCACUCCUUGGCUCACAGCCUGCAGGAACAAGAGAUUGAGCAUCACUUGGCAUCGAAUGUUCAACGGAACCGUUUGGUCCAGCAUGAUCUGCAGGUGGCUAAGCAGCUUCAAGAGGAAGAUCUGAAAGCCCAGGCUCAGCUGCAGAAGCGCUAUAAAGACCUUGAACAGCAAGAUUGUGAAAUUGCUCAGGAGAUUCAGGAGAAGCUGGCUAUUGAGGCAGAGAGACGACGCAUUCAGGAGAAGAAGGAUGAGGACAUUGCUCGACUCUUGCAAGAAAAGGAGUUACAGGAAGAGAAAAAGCGAAAGAAACACUUUCCGGAGUCUUCUGGAGUCAGUGCUUAUGGUGAUAGUUACUAUUAUGAAGAUGGAGACCAGCCACGGUCAAGGAGGGCAAGGGAGCUGGGUUCAGGAAGCUCAAGGCCUUGUAGACUCCAACAUGAGGAAAAGACUGUGAAGCACAGGAGGGAGAGACCUAGACAUCCCCAGGAGAACUUGGGAGGACCGGAAGAGCACAGUUCGUCAGAGAAACCUCCGUCAUCUUCUAGCUCGGGUCAAGUGAGGGAUGAUCCCCAAGUUAACACUGAGCCCGAAAGAAAACGCUGUGGCCACGAGAGGCUCCGGAGACCUCCCCUCCCCAAGAUCAGCGGUGAGGUGUUUCUGAGCACCGAAUCGGAUGACUGGGAGGCUCACUCUAGCCAUCGAACGCGGAACUGGGAAAAACAGUUCAAACAUCAAGACCAGCUCUCUCCCAAAACCUCACGGAAAGCGGGGCUUCCCUGCAAGGAAGCCGUUUAUAGGAGGGACCAUGGGCAAGGUGAGCACAGAGAGAGGAAACGCAGGCCCCGGACCCCUCCCUUCUCAGAGAGUGAGGAGCAGCUCCCGCUCCGAGACACAGGAAUGAAGCCCAGAGUAAUGAAAGAAGCAGUUUCUACUCCGUCACGAGUGACCCACAGAGAUCAGGAAUGGUAUGAUGCUGAAAUUGCCAGAAAACUUCAAGAAGAAGAAAUUUUGGCCACCCAGGUGGACAUGAGAGCAGCUCAAGUUGCUCAGGAUGAGGAAAUUGCUAGACUCCUAAUGGCUGAAGAAAAGAAAGCUUACAAGAAAGCCAGGGAGCGGGAGAAAUCAUCUUUGGACAAAAGAAAGCAUGACCCUGAGUGGAAGCCCAAAACAGCUAAAUCAGCACACUCAAAGUCAAAAGAGAGUGAUGAACCUCACCGUUCUAAGAAUGACAGACCAGCACGGCCACCACCACCUGCCAUGACAGAUGCUGAGGGUUUGGAUUACACUCCUUCUGGAAACCAGCAUAAUUCCACACGUCACUACUCAAAGUCAGAGUCUUCUCAUAAAGGUUUCCAUUAUAAACCGUAAAAACCUAGGAAUCUGCCUUGAAAACGGACUCACUGUAGCAAAAUUACUGGAUGAUACAGAACACAUUCCACGCUUACUUUUUUCUUCCUCUAUUUUGUAUUCCUGAGAUUUAUCCUCAAGUGU